ACAGAUUAAUUAAAUUGCCAAUUUAAGUAGAAACGACAGCGUACGGAAGUGGCGGUUUUCGUGGUGCCAAAUAAAGGAUGGUGGCUGGCUUGGCGUUUGGCAGUUGGCAGCAGCGUGGCCAUGGACUUUUUAUCUCUUUGCUCCACCACAGCAUUAGUCAUUAGUCAAGAAAGACUGAUGCUGUCUUGCCAGUGCACACUUUGCCACUUAGCUGAGUUUAGGCCAUCUAACCAUCAUGUGGUUGUUUAACAGGAAACAAUCAUCUGGGUUCUCUUCGUCUUCCACGGCUGAGGAAGUCACUCAUGGGGUCGAUGCCUCUGGCCUCACUGCCAUUGUUACAGGAGCAUCUAGUGGUAUUGGCACUGAGACCGCACGAGUUCUUGCAUUGCGUGGUGUCCAUGUUAUUAUGGGGGUCAGGAAUAUGGCUGCUGGAAGAGAUGUCAAAGAAGCAAUAGUUAAGGAAAUACCCUCGGCCAAAGUUGAUGCCAUGGAAUUGGACCUAAGUUCUCUGGCAUCUGUGAGGAAUUUUGCAUCGGAUUUCAAUUCCUCUGGUCAUCCAUUGAACCUCUUAAUUAACAAUGCAGGAAUCAUGGCGCCACCAUUCAUGCUCUCCAAAGACAACAUGGAGCUACAGUUUGCAACAAAUUACCUGGGACAUUUUCUUUUGGCUAAUCUUUUGUUGGAUACUAUGAAGAAAACAGCACAUGAAAGUAACAGAGAAGGAAGAAUUAUAAAUGUUUCCUCAGAUUUUCACCGUUACCCAUAUCCCGAAGGGAUUCGUUUUGAUAAAAUCAAUGAUCAGUCAGGGUAUAAAAAAUUCCAGGCAUAUGGCCAAUCCAAGCUUGCUAAUGUGCUGCAUGCUAAUGAACUCACGAGACGAUUCAAGGAGGAUGGAGUAAACAUUACUGCAAAUUCACUGCAUCCUGGAGUAAUCGCCACCAAUCUUUUCCGUCAUAAUACAAGUCUUGCCGAUGACAAUCCCAUAAGAGUCUUCCUUGAGUCGGCUGCCAGGCUUGUUCUAAAAAAUGUCCAGCAGGGUGCUGCAACAACGUGCUAUGUGGCAUUGAAUCCACAAGUAAAGGGCGUGAGAGGUGAAUAUUUUUCAGGUUGUAAUUUGGCCAAAGCAUCCUCAAUGGCUAAAGAUGCUGGGUUAGCGACGAAACUUUGGGAUUUCAGCAUGAAUUUGGUUGAAUAAAUGAUGCAUACAAGUUUCUAUAUUCUCAAAAUAAUGUAUUAUAUUUGAGACGGAUUCUUAUAUCUGGAAAAGAUGAGGGUAUAUUUUAUUUGCCAUAUGGUCUUUGAUAUCAAUGUUUUAUUAUGACCAUGCACUUGAGGAAUACUACUUUCUCAAGAAGAAGAAUUUUAAGGAAUGCCAUUUGUAUUUCAUUUUGGAAAAGGAA